AGAAUGACGUCACGACAGCGGGCUCAGUUUGCGCGCGAGAAUUGUACUGCUGCUAGUCCUGCUACUCGGUGGAAAAUGGGGGGUAAAAUGGGACUAUGUCUAACGAUAAACGAGUUUUUCAUAUGAUGUAGCAUCUUUAUUAAAUCAUAAUCUGAAGAGGAAAGGUAGAACACAGUUUGUUUUCUCAUAUAUCGGCAGUCUGAUUUGAACAGCCUCUCGAACUGACGUCUCUGGACUUCAGCUCGGCUGUUUAUUUUCAGACUGUGCCACGCUACUCCUUCUGCCAGUGAGGUGAUUUAUGGACUUGUACAUGAUGAAUUGUGAGCUUUUGGCAACCUGCAGUGCCCUUGGGUACUUGGAGGGAGACACUUACCACCGGGAGUCUGACUGUUUGGAGAGCGUGAAGGACCUCAUCCGGUACCUGCGGCAUGAGGACGACACGCGGGACAUCCGCCAGCAGCUGGGUGCUGCCCAGAUCCUGCAGAACGACCUGCUGCCCAUCAUCACCCAACACAGCCAGGACAAGCCCCUUUUCGAUGCCUGCAUCAGGCUAAUGGUCAACUUGACUCAGCCUGCACUGCUCUGCUUUGGGAAGGUCCCACAGGAUCCUACCUUCAGACAUCAUUUCCUGCAGGUCGUGUCCUACCUACAGGCCUACAAGGAGGCUUUCGCCAGUGAGAAAGUCUUUGGAGUGCUGAGUGAAACUCUAUACAGCCUCCUGCAGCUGGAAUGGCAGCAGAGGCAAGAAGAGGAUAACCUGCUGAUAGAGAGGAUCCUGCUGCUGCUGAGGAAUGUUCUGCAUGUUCCCGCAGAUCCCUAUGAAGAGAAGAAUGUGGACGAUGACGCCAGUGUCCACGACAAGCUGCUGUGGGCCGUCCACAUGAGCGGGAUGGACGACCUGCUGAAGUUCCUGGCCAGUGCACAGAGUGAGCAGCACUGGAGCAUGCACGUGCUGGAGGUCAUCUCCCUCAUGUUCAGAGACCAGACCCCGGAGCUGCUGGUCAGUGCAGGCCAGGCUCGCUCUGCUCAGGAGAAGCAGAAGGACGCCCAAGAGCUAGAGCUGCUGCGGCUGAAAGAGCAGGCGUCAAAGCGGAGCCGCUCGCUACAGCGGGGCACCAGACAUUCCCGCUUUGGGGGCUCCUAUGUGGUUCAGGGACUGAAGUCCAUUGGAGACAAAGAUGUGAUUUAUCAUCGAGGUCUUCACAAUUUCAAGAACUACACACACGAUGCAGGUAAGGUGAUCAGCCGCGUCCCCAAGCGCAGGCAGAUGGCGAAGGAUGUGGAAGGGCAGCGCCGCUCUGCCCUCAACGUGCGCCUCUUCCUGCGUGAUUUCUGCGUAGACUUCCUGGAGAACUGCUAUAAUCGUCUCAUGUUCCAGGUCAAGGAGUGUCUGAUCCGGGAACAGGCACAACAGCACGACGAGACCUACUUCCUCUGGGCUUUGAGCUUCUUCAUGGCCUUCAACCGGGGACACGUCUUUCGCCCUGACCUUGUCUCGGAGACCAUGUCCAUCCGUGCCUUCCACUUCAUUGAGCGCAACAUCACCAACUACUAUGAGAUGAUGCUCACUGACCGAAAGGAAGCCACAUCGUGGUCAAGCAGGAUGCACCUAGCUUUGAAGGCUUAUCAAGAGCUGCUGUUAACGGUGAAUGAGAUGGACAGAUCACAAGACGAAAGCAUCCGUCAAAGUGCAAACGUCAUAAAGAGCAACAUUUUUUACCUGAUGGAGUACCGUGAGAUCUUCCUGACGCUGCUGCGCAAGUUCGAUGAGACAAAGCAGCCACGCUCCUUCCUGCGAGACCUCAUAGAGUCCACCCACCUGUUCCUGCGCAUGCUUGAGCGUUUCUGUAAGGGUCGCAACAACCUGGUCGUCCAGAGGAAGAAGGUGAAGCAUAGGAAGUCCCGUAGCCGGAAGAAGCAGCCUGCCAUACAGAGCACCCCCGAGGCACUGGAGGAGACCUGGCAGAUCGUAUCAGAGGAGCUAAGGGCUGCGGGGUUUCAGUUGUCAGAAUCACUGACAGAGGGCACCGUACCGUUCGACGCCGCGUCAGAGAUGCCGCUGGAGGAGCAGCGCACAGAGGCCAUGGUGCGCAUCCAGGAUGCCCUACUGGUCCGCCAGGGGCCUGAAGCUCUCAGUCUGCUCCGUGCUGCCAGGGAGGUGUGGCCAGAGGGAGACGUGUUCGGAUCAGCUGACGUGGAGCCGGAAGAAGAGAUGCAACUCUUGAAUCAGAUUCUGUUUGCCAACCUGCCCAGAGCAGCUCCUGCUGAAGUGGAAGAGGAGGAUGGUGUAGAGGAGAUUGAGGAAGAAGAGGAGCUGGAGUCUGUCUCUGUGUCAGAGACGGAGUUCAACUUUAUUGACUUUGUUAAGAGGUUCGCCAACCCGGGCAUCGUGAGGCCUUACCUGCUGUUGCUGAAGUCCUACUCGCAGAACACGGCUCACACCAACCACUGCAUCACACGCAUGCUGCACCGCCUGGCCGUCGACCUCAAGAUGGAUGCCCUGCUCUUCCAGCUCUCCAUCUUCCACCUCUUCCACAAGAUCUUGGGCGAUCCGGCGGUCGCUGCCUACAAGGAGCUGGUAACCUUCAUCAAAUUUGUGCUGAACCGCUUCUUCGCCUUGGCGGCACGCAACAACAAGGCAUACAUGGAGCUGCUCUUCUGGAAGAAUGUGGGCACCGUGCGGGAAAUGACAGAGGGCUACCGGAAGCCCGAGGACGAGGACGGGGAUGGGACCAAAAGAGCGAGGUGGACCCCAGAGGAGGCAGAGGAGCUUCGGCGGCUGUACGAAGAGCACCAGGACUCGGGGGUGCCUGAUAUUGUGGAGACGUUGCUGCCGCUGCUCUCGACCACGACCCGCACUCGCCGUCAUGUGAUCACUCAGCUGGUGAACAUGGGGCUGGUGGACAGUGCCAAGGACCUGAAGAAGGAGAGGAAGGGCACUCGCAUCGUCCUCUGGACAGAGGAACAGGAACUUGAGCUUCAGACGCUGUUCGAGGAAUACAGGCACUCUGAUGACGUCCUUGGAAACAUCAUGAGGCGCCUGACGGCUCGGCGGUCCCGAGCGCGGGUGGUGGACAAGCUGCUCAGUCUGGGCCUGGUGUCUGAGAGGAAGGAGCUGUAUAAGAAGAGGAGGCGCAAUGCUGUGGGCAAGAGCAAUGGCAUGACGGAAGAAGACUUCUUCUCUGACCUAGCAGGAGGGCAAAAUGAGCAGCCCUCUGAUGAUGAUAAUGAUGAUGAUGAAGAUGAGGAAGAUGACUUGGGGCAGAGCGACGAUGAAGAGGUGCCGGACCGAGAGUCACUUCGACAUCAAGAGAGACCGAAGAGGACCAAAGGGAUGAGAGUAGAGAAGGACCUCAAUUUGGGGCCGAUGGUCCAGUCUCUUAGACAGGAAGGUAUGUCUGGACCCAUUUUAUGGCUCCAGAACUGUCUGAACAGGACUGCAGACUACCGUGAAGAAGAUGGUGUGUCCCAAGCUGUACCUCUGGUCCCGCUGACGGAGGAGAACGAGGAUGCCAUGGAGGCCAAGAGCUUCCAGAGGCUGCUGCACAAGCUGGGAGUCAGGGCACCUGCCGAUGAGCAGGAGACAUUCUGGAGGAUUCCUACUAAGCUGAGUGCCUCCCAGCUGCGGGCAGCGGCCGCUGCCCUGUCCGUGAGUGAGGAGGCGCCAACGGAGGAGGAGCAGGGAGGUGUUGAGGGGAGCCCUGUGGAGGUGCACAGCGAGUCGGAGACGAGCCAUGAGCAGAGGGUGCAGGCCCUGCGAGCGCUGCUGCUGAAGCGUAAGCGGAAAGCCCCGGCGGGCAGGCACAGGGAUGAGUCUCCCACAGUGAAUGACCCUGAGCUGGACCCCGACACGGAAGCCCCAAGAGCCCCGGAGGAGAGCAGGAACUCUGUGAAGAGGAGCAGAGUGCUGGACAGUGAUGAUGAAACAGCAGAGGAUGUGUCAGUGAAUCACAGAGAGCCCGAUUCGGACGAGGACUCGCCGUCCGUUCCAGCCAAACGCAGGCGUCAACGGGUGCUCAUUGACGAUGAUGAUGAAGAAUAGGGGGAGUCCUGCCUGUACCUACAGAAGGCUUUGUGGAAGAGCUGAGACGGCUCCAGCUUCCUGUGGGGAAUGUGUACCCAUGUUUAUUUUGAACCAUUAAUUUCUGUUUUGAUAUUAGCUUUUUCUUUUCCCACUUUUCCCUCCCCCACUGUAUUUUAUUCAUUGUUAGGACAGAUGUCACCUUGCGUUGUUCUCAGAUUGAACCCCCACUUGUCACCAAACUUAUGGGUGCAAAAUGGUCAGUAUAAGUUUACUACUACAUUGUUCUUGCAGUUAUUUGUAGUUGUCGGGAGAUGGAUGGAUGGAUGGAUGGUGGGGGGGGGCAGUCCUGUGUUUGCUGGGGGUGUUCUGUUCCUGGAUGUUUAGUCUGACCAAGCUUUUGACCUCCAUUUUCAAUAAAAAUGUUUGUACCAGAUA